AUGCUGCGCUCGCUGCUGACGGUGCUCGUUGUGUCGCCGGCCUUGGCCCACCCGCGGCGACUGGGGAAGACGCCCUCUUUCGACUCCAGCAGUGCGAGGGAGACACCAACGAACUUCAGCAUGGUCUCCCGCGUCUACAUUCCCUACAACACCUCGGAUCAGGCGUUGGCAUUUGGCAUGGGUGCGGCCGAGCAGGUCGCAUACGACCACGUGCAGAAGUAUGCCUACGCCGUCUCCGAGCAGGGAGUGCUCAACGUCAUCGACUGGAACGACGUGGCCAAUCCUCAGGUGCUGUCAAACUACGCCUUUGACUUCAACGGCGCGAAGCUCACGGACAUCGAGAUUUGCUCCUCGCAGGGUGUGAUGUUCGUGGGCGCCGGUGCUGCAGACACCGUGAGCAAUGGCCAGGUCCACAUCCUGUCAACAGUGCAGCGAAGCUCGCCGGCAAAGCCCACGAGCUACGGCACGCUCGCCACGGGGCCGCUGCCAGACAUGAUCUUGCCCAACAGUGACUGCACCAAGCUGGCAGUGGCAAACGAAGGAGAGGGAGAGUACGAGAGCGAGCUGAUUGAUCCGCAGGGCAGCGUCAUGAUCAUCGAGGCCGCCGAUUGGACCACUCCCGCCGCUGCCGUCACCAAGUCUGUCAGCCUCGCUGGCUACACUGACAGCCAGCUGAUGGACAUGGGCGUGCACCUGCCAUUGCCCCUGGACGCCAUGGUGUAUUUCGAUGACCAUUCCAAGUGGAAGGACGACCUCAACUUCUCCGCUGCCAGGGCCUCCUACUCCUCUGCCAUGAACCUUGAGCCGGAGUACCUCUCCUGGUCCGCCGACGACUCCACGCUCUUCGUGAAUCUGCAGGAGAACAAUGCUGUGGCCAUCAUCGACGUGCCGGCGACAGGCUCCCCAACGCUCAGCACGAUCUCAGGCCUCGGCCUGAAGGACCAUGGCAGCGUUCCCAUCGAUAUCAAUGCUGAUGACAAGGCCUGCGUCCAAGCCACGUACACUGGCCUCAUGGCCCUCCGCCAUCCCGAUGCUAUCCAGGCCGUGGAAGUGGACGGCAAGACCUACGUCAUCACCGCCAACGAAGGUGACGACAAGGGCUACGGCGACUUCGAGGAGAAGAUGAAGCUUAAGGAUGUUGUGAACGACGACGGCACCGUGGACGGUGACAUGGUGGGCAUGACAGUCAGCGCGAGCGCGCGCAGCACCGCGAUGGCCGUCAGCGCCGUCGGGGACAGUUUGAGGAUCACCGUUGGCUCUACGGCCAUCAACUACACGGACCCGUCGGCUCCAGAGAUUCAGCACAUCGUGGCCUUCGGUGGCCGUGGUGUAUCCAUCUAUGAGCACGGCACAUCCGGCCUCGCACUCACCUGGGAUUCUGGUGAUCAAGUCGAGAAGGAGCAGUGUGCCCACUACCCCUGGGCACACAACGCCAUCCAGGACGAGGAGUUCUCUCCCGUGAACGGCCACCUCUACAUGUCGGCGGGAUCCAAGCUCCGUGAGACCUUGGAUGAGAUGAACGACCCCAGCAAGGACGGCUGCGCAGAUGGCGGCGACGGCCAGGCAGGUGCAUGCCCUCUCGGUCAGAUGGUGGAUGACCGCUCUGCAAAGGAUGGUCCCGGCGUGGAAGCCAUCGUGGCCGGCAAGGCCUGCGGCUCUCUCCUGGCGGUGACCGCCACAGAGAAGCAGGGCACAGCUUUCGUCUACGACAUCUCCAACAUCGCCUCUCCCACACUGCUCUUCGUGAAGCAUCUUUCUCCGGCUUCCGAGACCAAGAACCCUGGCGUGGCCUAUGCCGACGGCACCCUGGGAGAGAUCGAUCCCGAAGCCAUGAUCUUCCUCGAAGAUGCGCACUCUCCCUCUGGCAAGGCUGGUGUGAUGUUCGCAGGUGCCUGGUCCGGAACAAUGUCUUUCUGGGAGUUUGAGUGCCCCACCGCUACGACCACAGAGACCGGGGCCACCGACACCAGCGGCACGCGCGAAGUGGCCAUGCUGCGCUCGCUGCUGACGGUGCUCGUUGUGUCGCCGGCCUUGGCCCACCCGCGGCGACUGGGGAAGACGCCCUCUUUCGACUCCAGCAGUGCGAGGGAGACGCCAACGAACUUCAGCAUGGUCUCCCGCGUCUACAUUCCCUACAACACCUCGGAUCAGGCGUUGGCUUUUGGCAUGGGUGCGGCCGAGCAGGUCGCCUACGACCACGUGCAGAAGUAUGCCUACGCCGUCUCCGAGCAGGGAGUGCUCAACGUCAUCGACUGGAACGACGUGGCCAAUCCUCAGGUCCUGUCAAACUACGCCUUUGACUUCAACGGCGCGAAGCUCACGGACAUCGAGAUUUGCUCCUCGCAGGGUGUGAUGUUCGUGGGCGCCGGUGCUGCAGACACCGUGAGCAAUGGCCAGGUCCACAUCCUGUCAACAGUGCAGCGAAGCUCGCCGGCAAAGCCCACGAGCUACGGCACGCUCGCCACGGGACCGCUGCCAGACAUGAUCUUGCCCAACAGUGACUGCACCAAGCUGGCAGUGGCAAACGAAGGAGAGGGAGAGUACGAGAGCGAGCUGAUUGAUCCGCAGGGCAGCGUCAUGAUCAUCGAGGCCGCCGAUUGGACCACUCCCGCCGCUGCCGUCACCAAGUCUGUCAGCCUCGCUGGCUACACUGACAGCCAGCUGAUGGACAUGGGCGUGCACCUGCCAUUGCCCCUGGACGCCAUGGUGUAUUUCGAUGACCAUUCCAAGUGGAAGGACGACCUCAACUUCUCCGCUGCCAGGGCCUCCUACUCCUCUGCCAUGAACCUUGAGCCGGAGUACCUCUCCUGGUCCGCCGACGACUCCACGCUCUUCGUGAAUCUGCAGGAGAACAAUGCUGUGGCCAUCAUCGACGUGCCGGCGACGGGCUCCCCAACGCUCAGCACGAUCUCAGGCCUCGGCCUGAAGGACCAUGGCAGCGUUCCCAUCGAUAUCAAUGCUGAUGACAAGGCCUGCGUCCAAGCCACGUACACUGGCCUCAUGGCCCUCCGCCAUCCCGAUGCCAUCCAGGCCGUGGAAGUGGACGGCAAGACCUACGUCAUCACUGCCAACGAAGGUGACGACAAGGGCUACGGCGACUUCGAGGAGAAGAUGAAGCUUAAGGAUGUUGUGAACGACGACGGCACCGUGGACGGUGACAUGGUGGGCAUGACAGUCAGCGCGAGCGCGCGCAGCACCGCGAUGGCCGUCAGCGCCGUCGGGGACAGUUUGAGGAUCACCGUUGGCUCUACGGCCAUCAACUACACGGACCCGUCGGCUCCAGAGAUUCAGCACAUCGUGGCCUUCGGUGGCCGUGGUGUAUCCAUCUAUGAGCACGGCACAUCCGGCCUCGCACUCACCUGGGAUUCUGGUGAUCAAGUCGAGAAGGAGCAGUGUGCCCACUACCCCUGGGCACACAACGCCAUCCAGGACGAGGAGUUCUCUCCCGUGAACGGCCACCUCUACAUGUCGGCGGGAUCCAAGCUCCGUGAGACCUUGGAUGAGAUGAACGACCCCAGCAAGGACGGCUGCGCAGAUGGCGGCAACGGCCAGGCAGGUGCGUGCCCUCUCGGUCAGAUGGUGGAUGACCGCUCUGCAAAGGAUGGUCCCGGCGUGGAAGCCAUCGUGGCCGGCAAGGCCUGCGGCUCUCUCCUGGCGGUGACCGCCACAGAGAAGCAGGGCACUGCUUUCGUCUACGACAUCUCCAACAUCGCCUCGCCCACCCUGCUCUUCGUGAAGCAUCUUUCUCCGGCUUCCGAGACCAAGAACCCUGGCGUGGCCUAUGCCGACGGCACCCUGGGAGAGAUCGAUCCCGAAGCCAUGAUCUUCCUCGAAGAUGCGCACUCUCCGUCGGGCAAGGCUGGUGUGAUGUUCGCAGGUGCCUGGUCCGGAACAAUGUCUUUCUGGGAGUUUGAGUGCCCCACCGCUACGACCACAGAGACCGGGGCCACCGACACCAGCGGCACGCGCGAAGUGGGCGCUGUGUCCAUGAGCUUGUUGCUCCUUGCCUUCAGUUUUGCACGGCUCUGA